CGGGCUCUCCGGGCCCCCAUUGGCUACAGGCCCCCCGCCCUACCAGGGCUCCCCCACUUUACCCCCCCACAUCAGUCUGUCCUGCUUCCAGCUGCUGCAGCCGCGCCUUCGCUGCCUCAGCAUUCAGCAGCCCCCUGCUCGGGCUCAGCAUGGCCACCCCAACCCAGAGCCCCACAAACGUUCCCGAAGAAACAGACCCGUUUUUCUAUGACUAUGCCACCGUACAGACUGUGGGGAUGACCCUGGCCACUAUCAUGUUCGUGCUGGGGAUCAUCAUCAUCCUCAGCAAGAAGGUGAAGUGCAGGAAGGCGGACUCCAGGUCUGAGAGCCCAACAUGCAAAUCCUGUAAGUCGGAACUGCCCUCCUCAGCACCUGGAGGUGGCGGCGUGUAGGACCCUCUACAGAUCUCCACUGCUGUCCCUGGCCGCAGCGCAGGAGCCCGAGGACCGGGUGAAGGCGGUGGGGACCCAGCCUGGCGCCGGGGAGUGUGCCCACAAUGAGCUGCCACACCCACCCCAAGGCCGGAGCCACUGCACCCCGCUGUCCCUCCCCAGGCCUUGGCAACGACGAUCCCCCAAAGAGCCCGGCAUUUGCACCCCAGACCCAGAGACUCAGGCCUCCAGCUCCUGGGAUCCAGGAGUCUGUCCCCAGUCCCCUGGGAUCCUCGUAUCCCUCCCUCCUGCAUCUCCUGGUCACCUUCUCCAGGACCCUCCCGGCUGUCCCCUCAGGGUCCAUGUCUUGAGCUUAAUAAAUGUGCAUUUGUUUUUUUCCUCCC